AUGCAGUCAGAGAAAUCAAAUGUGCCCAGGUGGCGGCGCUUCCUGGGCGGCAGCGGCAGCGGACCUACCGGUGCCAGGCCAGACGAAUCGUACGGACCUUCCAGAUGGAGCAUGGGUGUUCUGAACGACAAGAAGACUAUUGAAGUUCCAGGUUCCGUGCUUCUUCUGGCAUCACAUCGCAAUGAGCCUCUUGGUCUGCGAAAUGUGCACGCCAGAACAUCUCACUCAUCCAUUCCGGCUGGAUUUCCUGUUGAUACACGAAGGACAUCAGCCUCAUCAGCGGCGGCGGCGGCUGCUGCUGCCUCAGUAGCGGAGAACCAUGCUUCCCCCGACGAGAGUGACGGCAAGAAGAAAACAAGCGAUGGGGCUAUCAUCCUGGAACCACAGCCUGAAGAAUCAGGAAAUGACCCUUUGAACUGGCCAGCUUGGAAACGUGACAUUGCCCUUUUGUCGCUUGGUUUCUAUUGCAUGAUUGGCGGCGGCACAACUCCCAUUAUCGCCGCCGGCUUCACCGACGUUGCGGAGACAUACGACGUUGAUGUCGAGAGGGUCGCUUUGACCACUGGACUCUACAUGAUGGGAAUGGGCCUCGGCUCCGUUGUGUUCUCACCGACCGCUAUCCUAUGGGGUAAACGCCCAGUAUAUCUGGGCAGUGCUAUCCUAUUCAUUGGGACAUCACUCUGGGCAGCAUGGUCUCCAAGCUUCAAUUCUCUCCUCGCGGCCAGAGUCUUCCAGGGCUUUGCCGUUAGCCCUGUUGAAUGUCUUCCAUCAGCCACAAUUGCCGAAAUCUUCUUCCUCCAUGAAAGAGCCUACCGCAUUGGUAUCUACACUCUUCUUUUGCUUGGCGGCAAGAAUCUGGUCCCCCUUGUCAGUGCCGUCAUCAUUGGCGGUCUUUCGUGGCGUUGGGUUUUCUGGAUCUUGGCUAUGAUUAUUGCUUUUGGUGCUGUACUUCUCUUCUUGUUUGUCCCGGAAACCUUUUGGGAUCGCACCCCUCACGCAAGGCCUAAGCAUCCAUCCAAGCGUCCAAGUUUUCUUCGCCGACUCUCAUCUCGUCAUGCGGUUCCGCAAACUGGUGGAGAGGGGCUACUUCAGGGUGAGACUGAAGCACAAUUCGCAGAUGCGGAACAUGCUCAAGAUGGACGCCAAUCACCUGCUGCUCUUCAUCGAGGCCGGGAUCUCCAUGUUGGCUUUGCUGAGUCUGGCGACGCUGCUGAAGAGGCAGCAGCGCCUGUGACUCCAGUUUCGCCUAGGGCGGUAGUCCAUCCGUCUGGUAAAAACCCAGCUGCCCCAGGGGACGUCGGCAGCGCGACUGGAAGUGAGUCCAACAGUGCGUCUUUCAAGCUGGGUCCAAACCUCGAGAACGAGAAGUUAGAUGCAUCGCAGCUCCAGGGUCCGCCCAAGAUCCAGGCCUACACACACAACCUCCGUCAGCAGCCUCCAAAGUCAUUCGUUCAACAGCUUAAGCCCUGGCAUGGAAGGCUAAACAGUGAUAGCUGGCUCAAGGUCAUGGUCCGCCCUUUCAUUCUAUUCGCAUACCCCGCGGUCCUUUGGUCAGCUGCCGUGUAUGCUUGCUCUGUGGGUUGGCUUAUCGUCAUCUCGGAGUCGAUUGCCAUGAUAUACCGCGACAAGGAUUCUUAUAAUUUCACCGCGCUCCAGACAGGCUUAGUGUAUAUCUCGCCUUUUAUCGGCGGUAUCCUGGGAACUGGCGUGGCCGGCAAGGUCAGUGACAUUAUCGUCAAGAUCAUGUCCAGGCGUAAUGGCGGUCUCUACGAACCUGAGUUCCGUCUUGUUAUGGCCCUUCCCAUCCUUAUCAGCACAUGCAUAGGCCUCAUGGGCUUUGGCUGGUCGGCAGAAGAAAAAGAUCAUUGGAUGGUCCCUACCUUCUUCUUUGGAGUUGUGUCAUUUGGGUGCUCCCUUGGAUCGACUACCUCCAUCACGUUCUGUGUGGACAGUUACCGCCAAUACGCCGGAGAGGCUUUGGUGACGCUUAACUUUUCAAAGAAUAUCUUACAUGGACUUGUUUUCAGCCUCUUCGUCACGCAUUGGUUGCAUGGCGAUGGCCCGAAGAAGGUGUAUAUUUGGAUUGGUAUAAUCCAACUGCUUCUCAUGCUGUGCACAAUUCCUAUGUACAUCUACGGCAAGAGGGCACGCAUGUGGACAGUUCGAGCAAAUUUGAUGGAGAAGUUCUGA